AUGCUCAUCCUACUCACGCGUCACGACAUUCCAGUGCCGCUAGCGCUAGAGGAACAGCUCAGUGUUGAACUUGAUCGACUAGUGGAAAACGCGAUCUUGACACCCGUGGAUAUAUCAGAAUGGGCAGCCCCCAUUGUCGUUGCAAGGAAACCUAACGGAAAAAUUCGUAUUUGCGCUGAUUAUUCCACGGGAUUGAACAAUGCUUUAGAUGCAGAUGACUACCCUAUUCCAAAUAUAGAGGAUAUUUUGGCAAAGCUUCAGGGAAAUACCAUUUUCACACAACUGGAUCUGUCGGAUGCAUACUUUCAAUUAAAAUUGGACGAAGAAAGCAAACCCUUGACUACUAUCAAUACACAUCGAGAAUUGUUCAUGUUUAAUAAGCUGGUUUUUGGUCUGAAGCCAGCCCCAGCAAUUUUUCAACGCACCUUAGAGCAAGCUCUUGCUGGUAUCCCAGGCGUUGUGGUUUACCUCGAUGAUAUCCUCAUUUGCGGCCGAAAUCGGGAAGAGCAUGACAUGCAUCUCAACGAGAUUUUGAAUCGUCUCCAAGAGUGGGGAUUCAGACUAGGCAUUGGAAAAUGCAAGUUUCAUAUAUCCUCAGUAAAGUAUUUAGGCUUUGUAAUUUCUAGUAAAGGUAUUGAACCAGAUCCAGCACGUAUCAAACCAAUAUGUUCUAUGAGAGAACCUAAUAAUACAAAGGAAGUGAGAGCGAUUCUUGGAUUGGUAAAUUAUUACGGAAAGUUCGUUCCUAAUCUACAUCGUUUAAAGGCUCCUUUAGAACUCUUAUUAAAAAAGGACGCCCCUUUUGUCUGGAAUUCGGCAUGCAAGAAAGCUUUUCUUAAGAUUAAGGAAGUGUUAACCGGUCCACUUAUACUUGCACAUUUCGAUCCUCAACAGUCAUUAAUUGUUGCUGCGGAUGCAAGUCCCACAGACCAUCGACCUCUUCUGGUUCUGUUCCGCUCGUCUAAGACAAAGGGAUUAGAUACUCGCACGGCAAACCGCUUGAAGCGAUGGGCACUCCGCCUUAUUGGCUAUGAUUUUGAUAUAGAAUAUGUCAAAUCUGAGCAUUUUGGUCAAGCAGACGCCUUGUCCAGACUUAUUCAAGAAGCCAAAGUAGGUUCCACCGAUCCGGAAUUGGAAGAAGUUGUUGCUUCGCUACAGGAAAUAGAAACGGAACUUCAACAGUUGAUUCUAGAAUCAAGUCGUUUUCUGCCUAAGACAACUCGGGAUGAGCUGCAAUGA